AUGUCCCGUAGACACGCUGAGGACGUUGAAUCCACAGCUCUCUAUUACAUUAGACCCGCUGAGGAUGUUGAAUUCACAGCUCUCAAGUCCCGUAGAAAUCUAAGGACGUUGAAACCACAGCUCGCAUGUCCCGUAGACACGCUGAGGGCGUUGAAUCCACAGCUCUCACAUCCCGUAGACACGCUGAGGACGUUGAAUCCACAGCUCUCACAUCCCGUAGACCCGCUGAGGAGGUUGAAUCCACAGCUCUCAAUUCCCGUAGAAAAGCUGAAGACGUUGAAUCCACGGCUCUCACGUCCCGUAGACACGCUGAGAACGUUGAUUACACAGCUUUCAAAUCUCGUAGACACGCCGAGGACGUUGAAUCCACAGCUCUUGAGAGCUGUUGAUUCAACGUUCUCAGCGUGUCUACGAAACUGUGGCUACAUAAUCCGCAAUGAGGUUACGGAACUUGAGAGUUUUGGCCCUCAGGAAGUUACUGGACUUGAGAGAUAUCGGUCCAUAGUCCUCCACUCCAGUAAGUUCCUGAGGGCCAAAGCUCUCAAGUUCCGUAACCUCAUUGCGGAUUAUGUAGCCACAGCUCUUAAUGCCCCGUACACUCCACUGAUGACUAUAAGGCAACAGCUCUCAGGUUCCGUGGGAUCCCUGAGCAGUAUGUUGUCACACUUCUCAUGCCCCUUACACUCGCUGAAGAUUAUAGUGCUACAGUUCUCCAGUGCUAUAGCCUCCCUGGGGUCUAUUGAGCCAUAG